UCACACACCCCUGUUGUUAUCCACCAAAAACCUCAGCCUUAUUGCUGACGCAGGUCAUAACGACAGAUUCAGCGGAGACAGGAGGCGUCUGUAACAGAUGAAAUAAGAGCCAUCAAACAUCAGAUAACAGAAAUGGAAAACAUGCAACUUCUAACUGUUCUUACAGGACUGUGCUACUUGUCUUUCUGUGCCUCCCAGAACCAAUACGUCUUAUUCCAAACCCCCAAAACCUGGAAGGAGGCGCAGAGCUACUGCAGAGAGAAAUGUGUUGACCUGACCACCUUCUACAACAUGAAACAUAUGAAAACCAUCCUGAAACGUGUCGAGGGCAAAUACGAUGAUGAUGUGUGGUUUGGGCUUGUGAAAGGGAAGACCAUGGGAUGGCACUGGUCUAUAACGGCCAGCGGUUUCUACAAGGAGGGAGAAAACAAUUAUUUGCGCUGGGGUACAAGUCCUUUUAACCUCUGCGGGACUUACAAAGAGGGAUAUUUGUACACACAGCCUUGUCACUAUCACUUCCCCUCGGUUUGUUUUGAUGUAAAAACAGAUGGCACAGCUCAGUACAUUCUGAACACAACCCCAAUGGGCUGGACCGAGGCUCUGCACUACUGCAGGGACCGCUACUUCGACCUGACCAGCAUGAGGAACGAAGAAGAGCAUUCAGCUGUCCGAAAACUUGUUGAUGGCCAGGAAGUGUGGGUCGGUGUCUUCUGCGAUCCCUGGGCUUGGUCAGACGGAAUAUAUUCUGCGUUGAGGUAUUUUACAGUGAAGCAGGAAGUCGGGGGCGUGGAUGCUGAGGACUGUGGCGUCUUGCUGAGGAAUGAAUCCGGUAAAUGGGGAACGCGGGAGUGUUCAGAAACUCAUCCUUUCAUCUGUUCCUGCAGAUCUUCAGUAGAAAUCAGUAAGAGGCGUUACAAAGUGAGGAUCAGCACAAAGGACUCAACGUUGGAUCUCAAUGACCCUGCAGUGCAAGAGAGUAUCUUGGAGCAGAUGAAACUGAAGAUGACCGGCACCGGCCAGGAAAAGUUACAAUGGAACAAACAACCUGACGGAAGGGUUUUUAUCAAGGAUGAUCUCUGAAAAACAGCUUUCAUUUUUUCAAUCUAUAUUAAGUCUGAAGAUGUAGAAAAGAAAAGAUUAACUUAAACUUAUAACUUAAAGUAACCAACGUAAUAAACAUGUUAGUUACUGCAUUUAGUAUGUGUAAGUCAAGUAAUGCCAUUAAUUUCACUUAGUUAUUAGAGCGUUUUAUCCAAAACAACGUACAAAUGAGAUCAACACUAUUGAGGCUUUAGAGAUUUAAGAAACCCUGAUAUGAGAAUUAAGUACCGAAUUAAAAUUUUGUCGUUUAUACUCAAAAUAGUCAUGACUUGUGUUUGUUUGUGUUUAUUUUAUGUUUGAUUAUGAACAGAAGCUUAAAAUGUUCUUGUUUUCAUAGUUUCUAAUCAAAACCCCUUUAUGAUACUUCGAUAGUGCAGUAGUCAACCAAUCAAACUUUAUUGAUAAACCACUUUUCAUACAAAAAUGUAGCACAGAGUGCUUUACAUGUUUAAAAUGUAUAUUUUUUUAAAGCGUCAACAUUCUCUGCGGCACUCAGCUCCACCAGCAGGCUAAACCACAGUCGUGGGGCAUAGAAGUGGAAGACCGGUACCAGAGGAUCUGCAAGGGUUGGUAUGGUAAAAGCAUUUCUGCAAAAUAAGACGGCCCAAGACCAUUCAGACACUUAAAAACAACUACAAGGACCUUAAAAUCAAUCCUGCGAGAUACGGGGAGCCAAUGCACGGAUCUUAAAACUGGAGUAGUAUGGGCCCGCUUUCUGGUCUUCGUCAGGCUUCGAAUUCUGGAGCAACUGAAGGUGUGAUAUGCUUUUUCUGGGAAGACCAGAAAGUAGGACGUAGCAAUAAUCGAUACAACUAAAAAUAAAAGCAUGCAUUAGCAUCUCCGUGUUGGUCAGAGAGAGAAACUGGCGGACUCUGGCUAUAUUUUUAAGAUGGUAAAAUCCCGUUUUCACAACCGGCCUUAUGUGAGGAAUAAACGUAAGUUCAGAAUCAAAAAUUAUGCCCAAAUUUCUGACUUGGUUUAAUGAAUUUAGUGAUAACGAAUGUAAUUUCAAGAAAUGUUCUGAGCCUCAGGACCAAUAACUAAAACUAGUAACAAUUCAUAAACGUUACUCUAUGUAGCAAUAACACUUUUGGCCACAUGGGGGCUUAAAGCUCUGCUGUGCUGACUUUGACCAUGCAAUUGUGGAAAUGUGAAUUGAGGCUUGAACUUUCUGAGAUAUGCUGCCCCCAUGUGGUCCCAAUGGAUUUUCCUUCAUAAAGAGGGUGUAAUGACAUAAAUGUGUCUGUAUAUUUGCUUGAAAUCAAAUUGUA